GGCGGGUGGCCGUUUGUGAUAGCACGACCGCCAUGUCAAUUAAUUUCGACUGAAAUGUAGUAAAUAAGAAAAGCAUGGACGGAAAGGUUUGCAACUUGUUACGGAACCAGGGGGACACCAUCCACCCCCUGGAUGUGCCCGAGCGCAGAAAGAUUGCACGGACACCGGGCAGUCUGACGGUCUAUCAUACCACUCGCCUCUGUGAAAAGCUGAUGCAGCCCAAAAGUGAGUUUGACCUCAGUGACCCCAGAGGCUUCCUGAUGAGCUCGGAGUAUAACAGUCUGCACGACCCCAACCUGCGGGACUACCUGUUCAGGAAGGACAUCCACCGCAGGCUCCUCAGGAAAGGAUUCAUCACCAAGGAUGAUAAGGUGGUCUGCACCUUGAGAACCUUGAACACGUAUAGGAAUUACCUGGCGGAUGUGGAGAGAGGGUGGACCCGCAGGUUCAGAACGGAACAGAAGGACCUGGUGAGGACAUUUUUCACCCUGCAAGAGAAGGGGGAGAUAAGCAAUGACAUGACUAUGUCGGAUGUGACCAACUGGCUCGUGCAGUCCGGCAGGAACUACGUGGUGAAUCAGAACAGCGCAGCCAAAAGCAGAUCCAUGUCAGGCCUGAGACUACAGCAGCUGCCAGCCAUUGCGAAGCGAUGUAGUGCCAUAGAGAUCACAUCUGCUUCUACUGGCAGAAAUGUCUUGAAUUGGACCAAUAAAGGCGCUCGGAUGAUACACGAUGUCACCAAGGAGGUUCAGAGGGAGAUGAGAGUGGAGCGGCGCUGGGCUAUCUCCAAAAAGGACAGAGAACAACGGAGAGUAGAGCAGAUGCAGAAGAGACUUAAACGAGGUAAAAAGACGCAUAAAAGCAAAAAGGGUUCUCCAGAUAAGGACAUUGAAAACCGAGGAGGCCUAGAACAAAUCGCUGAAGAGACCAGUGAGGAAACCACUGAGGAAACCAGUGGAGUAACCAGUGGAGUAACCAGUGGAGAAACCAGUGGAGAAACCACUGCAUCAGUGGCAGCGGAGUCCUCAUCCCAGACGAGCUCAGCACAACACAUCUCUUCCAGCUCUUCCAAACACAUCGCUCCUAUUGAAUACUCUGCAGCCAUUCUGUGCGGAAGGAGAGAUCUUCUGGAAAAAUCCUGGAGCAUGCCAAAGAUUCCUCUUGACCCCAUCAAUUGUCCCAGAGCCACUGAGAGAGUCUAUCACAGCCAGCCAACCUCGCCCCGGGGAUAUCUCGACUGGCAGCAUCCAUUUUCUGAUACAAGAAAGAAACUUUCAGCGAUCUGUCAGAAACUUGUCACGGAGCCAACCCUACCGUCAACAACUUCAUAUUGCACCAUACCUGACAAGAUAACAUCAGCUGCAUCUGUCCCUUCACACUUGGUGAAAAGUCAGCAAUCAUUUCUCGAGGACCACUUCAAAGGAGUGAUGACUCCGGAAGAGCUGCAGAUGGUUCUCCAGGGCAUCGUGGUGUCCUUGGUGGAGGAGGUCAACCAGGUUCUGGUCCCAGCCAUCGUCGCCUUCCAGUACGAGCGGAUACUGCCCUUCACCAGUCCCAUGGUGCUCCCUCCGUGCUUCGCCGUGUCGUCGACAUCCUCCCAGUGCACCUCCUCCAAGAUCUCGCGCGUGACCAGCAGCAGCAACAGCAGCAGCUCGCUCUGCACCACGCCGGAGGCCUACGUCACCUACCCCGACUACACGACGGCCGAGUGUGGGGCGGGGGGUGCCCCCCCGUGCUGCAUGGGGCCGCAUGUCAGCGACGGCAGCAGCAGCAGCAGGUCUUCAGAGAACAUGGCGGAGGAGGAGAGACGCCAUUUUGGACUGAAGGUGGUGGCCCCCACGGCCAGCCUGAUGCUCAAGGUGGAGAGCAUCAUCAAGGACGUCAUCAGGGACUCGGUGGAGACCUUCAAGAAGGAGAUCCAGCCUGUUGGCAAAGCGCCACUGCCGACCAUUGUCAGCCGUGUUGAACAACACACUGUGUCCCCAGGUGACCGCGUGGAAGACACGGGUGCGAAGAAGGCCAAACGAGGAGUCUCCUUCAAGGAGGAGCCUGAGGAGAAAGUCUUGGAAACUGAUGUCGAGGAGAAUGAGGAGGACACUGAGGUGGAGCUUGGUAUCGAGAAGACAGAUGUGGCUGAUGCUUUCUUGGCAGCCUGCACAACAGACGUCCCCAUUGCAGCCAAUGUAGACACCUCUGCUGCAAUCAAAGAUACCCCAAGUACAUCUCCUGACAGUGCAUUUGCUAAUGACAGCAUCAAUACCUCUGAUGCCACAAGCUCCACCAAUGGCAGUGCCAAUACUUCUCGUGCCAUAACCCCUCCUAAUGGCAUUGCCAAUGCAGGCAGCACUAUUGUGACUGCUCUCACUUCAGAGAGCACAAACACCUCUGCCCCUUCUCUCACUGCAGGCAUCACAAACGGCACAACUGCGGCUGCCACUAAAGGCAACACAAACACCUCGACUUUUGCAGCUGCACCAGACAUCACAAACAACACCACUACUGCCACUGUAGACGACACAUAUAGUACUACUACUGCUGCUGCCCCUGCAGACAGCACGCACACCAUUCCGUCUGGUGAAGACACCACAAACAAUGCUGCUGCAGCAGCUUCUGAAGACGCCCUAAAGACAACUGCUGCUGUCACAGUAGACAGUAUUACCACUGCUGCUGUCAGAGUAUACAUGAACAUCACUGCUGCUCGUUCUGCAGAAACCCCAAUCACUACUACAGCUGCCACCCCUGUUGACUCGACGCAUGCCAUUCCAGACUGCACAGAGCCUGCUGCUGUUGUGACGGUCGUCUCCGUGCCUGACAGCCCCCCUCUCUUUAAAAAGUCACCUGAGAACAUGGAGAGCACCAGUGAGCUGCCACGACCUGAGGAGAAGGACGUGACGAGCAUCCGCCCAGACCUCGGAGAGAGAAGUUUAGGCAAGGUGUCUGAGGAGUCCCUCAGGUCAGCCAGGAGCCGCUCCCACACGUCGGGAUCGUCUGACACUGGCUCUGAGGGCAGCUCUGGCUCUGGCUCUGGCUCUGGUUUCGUAGUGAGCCUGGAGAAGUGCAUCUCUCUCUCCGCCAGGCAGGUGGACGAGGUGCUGGAGAAGGUCACGACCGCCCUGGAGGAGGAGCAGCAGUUCUGGCUGCUACCCGACACGCCCGACUCCCUCGAGGGGCUUUUCUUCAGCAGCGAACGUGCCAGCACGGCAGGCGUGGAGGAGAUGAGCACGACCACGCCAACGCCGGUGCUGCCGCGCCCCAAGAGCCUCAUCUUCGCCAUCAUCCAGAAGAUGCAGCUGGACAACUACCUGCAGCACAAGCUGGUGUCCUUCUUCGCAAAGCAGCGGCUGAGCGCCAGCCCGCCAACCACGAGCAGACCGGAGAGCGGAUCCAUCAGCCGCAGUGCGAGUCAGUGCGAGCUCUCUUCGUCACAGCCGGUGGGCAGUUUCUCGUACCCCCUCCUCUCCCCCGACACCUGUGAGCAGCUUCGCUGGGCGGACGGCUCGCCCCUCGGCUCGGUGAGCCCCCACUCCAUCAAGGUCACCAGGUGGCUCUUGCAGACCAUCCAGAGGCGCAACGGCUGGCAAGGCACCAUGAGCUCCGACGCGGAGGCCAUGGACAGCAAGCAGAUGAGGGAGAAGCACAUCCUGUGCGAGAUCAUCCAGGCCCUGCUGGACCACCUGGACCACCUGAGCAGGUGCGAGGCCAGGAAGACGCAGUCCGAGAGCAGCCUGCGCACACCGAUGUCCGGGCUCAGCAAGCAGAGAAGUGGAGGAGAGCGGUCCAGGUCUAUGGGGAGUGCGGUGUCUGACAUGUCUCUUGCUGCCAGUGAGCUGACCAAGGAAGUCAUGGCCAAAUUGCUCAGUGAUGACAGUGAUUAAGUUCAUAAACACAGACAGGUUUUUCCAAGUAUCUUAGCUCGUAUGAAAAUAAACAUUUGUAUUACCUA